GGGAUUUGUAACCGCGAAGAGUGACGGUGACGCCGAUCAUUGAGCUGGUGAUUUACAUACAUGUACUUACAGUCGGUGACGAAGGACUAACAUAAUUUUCGAGUUUCGUUGUGAUAGUUUAAUAAUAUAAAAUGGCUGGGAGAACGUUUAUGUUUGUGAUCACAUGUAUUUCGAUUUUAUUCACAAUGACAAUGGCCGUAAAUAAUGAUACGUCGAGUUCAGCUCAGCAAGGUAAUGUAGUUUCAGACACUGGAUCAUAUGAGAAAACAUCUCUAGAAAAAGGUGUAUCAACAUUGUACGACGAUAUUAUGCAUGGAUUUCUUGACGCUACCAUACCUGGACAAUUCUUCUCUGAUGCUGAUCCAGGGCCGAUAACCUACAAAGAUUUGAACAGAAUAAUACAGAAUGGCACAUACAGUGAACUCCAGGAUCGGUGGCAGGAAUUGGCGAAGGUGUUUGGUGGAUUGGCAGCUUGUAUCAUCAUUGGUCUGAUGUUCAUUGUGUUCAUGCCCAUAUUUGGGUGUAUUUGGUGCUGUGCCUUUUGUUGCUGUAAAACAUGCGGAAAAUCCAAAUCUAAGAUGGACCCCAAAAGAGCCAAAUGUCAGCGUUUUAUCUUUGCCACAUUGCUGUUUGUCUUCACCACAUUUAUGUUGUAAGUUUAUAUCUUUAUAUAUACAUGUACAUGUAUAUAUAUAUAUAUAAUGUAGGUGACUACACAGGCUGAUCCUAUGUAUUGCGGUCGACCUAUCAAACACUCCUUCCCCUACACACACCCCACCUCUUACAGGAAGAAAGGACGGUUGCACUAAUUGCAAUAAAUAUAAGUUCCUUACCUCACUAACCUACCUAUAUAAUUUUCAGACUUUUAACCAAAAACUGAUUGCUUGAGUUACAUAAAAAA